AUGGACGGUCCGGAUCUCCAGCGAUUCCGCGUCGACUCUCACACUUCUGAUGGACAGCCCCGAUCGCUGUCGUCCCUGGCAGACGACGCGUCCGCAUUAGCUGCAACCCAACAACAGCAUCACCAGUCACAUACACAAGAGCUUGCAGAUUCCCAGGACGCGCAGUCGCUUCAGCCUCUACAAUCUGCGCUCGAACACUCGGAGCUCCAUCUCCAUCAUCCGCAGAAGCAGCGGCACCAUCAAAAUGCGGGUCAUCCGCUCAAUACACCGGCGUCGAUGCAGCCGUCACGGCCUGGCGAGUCGGUUAACACCGAGUUAAUAUCUCCUCAGCAGUUUAACGAGAAGCUGCACACCUACCACCAAACAUCCCGAGAGCACACAUUCCCGGGUAGCCUUUCGGAUGGCCAGCAGAUGCAAUCCUGUUUAUCUCACAGCGGCGAUCAAGAAGCACACCACGAGCAGGUCCUGUCGCAAGUACGUUCAGAUCUUGCACAUACCGCUGUCGAGUGUAAUGGUAAUGGGGCCGACUCGCCGUCCUUUCCGCAUCAUUUGCAGCUACAGCCGCAAGGCGAUGGCUACUCCGUGGCCCCGGCACUCUCGAGACAGGAUGGCUGUCUGAAAGACAUGAAACUGGUCCCUGAUCCUCCGGACCUUGAAUACUGGAGGGAAAAGCUAUUCAACGUGGACGAGACGAUCACCUUGACUGAAGACCAAUUCCGAACUUACUUCCCGCACGUCGACAACGUCUACUCCCACCGCUCCACACAACGCUACAAGCGCAAACCCUUCGUCUCCCAUUACUGGGACUGCAGACUCAAAGGCCGCCCGCCCGGAACCCCCAAAUCAGACGACCCGAACAAGAAGAAGCGGAAACGCACCGCCCGACAACGAGACCUCUGCGACGUCAAGAUUAAAAUCACCGAAUACUUCCCCGGGUACGGCGUGGCUGCUGUAUCGGACUUUGCUGCCACGGGGCCCGAGACCUCCUUUCCUCCCUCGGAGUUUCUGCCGAGCGUGAACUCGUUGUUCCAUGAAUCGUCGGCCUUGGGACAGAGGAGGGACAGCCAGCCGUUCGGCGUGCUCACGCCGAAUCCGACCUUACCUGAGGGUCAUCCCGGGGCGAAUGGGGAGAGAUUCUUUACGAUCCAGCGGGUCAAUGGCAAUGGUGCGAAUGGGAAGAAUGAUGGGGUGGGUGGAGGCCAUCGGCAUACAUUGGAAGAGAGCGACCGGGUCAAGAAAAAUAGUGUUCAGCGCUAUUUGCUGAAAGAGGCCAAGGAGAGGAAGAAGGCAGUCUCAGUAAGUGUGCGAUCUGUUCUUUCAAGACUCAUUCUGAUACAAAAUAUUUUGAAACUAACCAGAUUUCUUAAGACUAGAAUGAUGCCCUCCCAAAGUGAAGCCCAGCAAAAAACAUACCACACCAAAGCUACUGGCUUAGCGGCCUUGACCGCUAUAAAUCAUUCCAAUGAAGCAGAACUCAAACUGUUCGGAAGUUGCUUCUGCCCUUUUGUACAACGCGUUUGGAUAGCCUUGGAAAUCAAGGGUAUCCCAUACCAAUAUAUCGAAGUAGAUCCAUACCAAAAACCUCAAUCUCUGUUGGAGGUGAACCCAAGAGGCCUGGUGCCAGCGUUGCGGCACGGCGAUUGGGGAUCGUAUGAAAGUUCGGUUCUGCUCGAAUAUCUCGAAGAUUUGGAUGGUGGUCCGCACCUUCUGCCGCCUGGCGAUGCGAAGUUGCGAGCUCACUGUCGGCUCUGGACCGACCAUAUCAAUCGUCACAUCGUGCCCAGCUUCUAUAGGGCUCUCCAGGAACAGGAGGAACAAAGGCAGACGGCGAAUAUGCAGGAGCUCCAAGACGGUCUCAAGACGCUAAUCACGGCUGCCAAUCCCGAAGGUCCAUUUUUCCUGGGACCGACCAUCUCUUUUGUGGACGUCCAGAUCGCCCCUUGGAUCCUCCGGCUGAGCCGGGUGCUCAAACCGUACCGUGGCUGGCCAGACCCCGAGCCUGGAAGCCGGUGGGCCGCAUGGGUUAAUGCGAUUGAGGCCAAUGAGCAUGUCAAGGCGACAACUAGCUCUGACGAGUUGUACCUUGACAGCUAUGAGCGAUAUGCCCGUGGGUAUACCUUCAUGCCGUGA